AUGCAGAGCUGCGGGCGCUGGUGGGGGCGGCUGGCGGCCCGCGGGGCGCCGCACCUGUGGGCGGCGGCGGGGCAGCGGCGCUGGGGCGGCGGGGAGGCGGCGCGGUGCAUCGAGCAGCUCCUGCCGCGGCACGAUGACUUCUCCCAGCGGCACAUCGGGCCCCGGGAGCAGGAGAAGCGGGAGAUGCUGCGAACCGUCGGGGUGAAGAGCGUCGAGGAGCUGAUGGACAAAACCAUCCCGGCCAGCAUCCGCCUCCGGAGGCCGCUGAGGAUGGAUGACCACGUCUGUGAAAAUGAAAUCCUUGAAACUCUCUACAAUAUUGCAAGGAAGAACAAGAUAUGGAGGUCCUACAUAGGCAUGGGUUAUUACAACUGCUCAGUGCCUCAGCCCAUCGCGCGCAACUUGUUGGAGAAUGCAGGAUGGGUUACCCAGUAUACACCUUACCAGCCAGAGGUGUCCCAGGGUAGGCUGGAGAGCCUCCUGAAUUACCAGACGAUGGUGUGUGAUAUCACAGGAAUGGAUGUGGCUAACGCAUCUUUGCUGGAUGAAGGGACAGCUGCUGCAGAAGCCAUGCAGUUAUGUCACAGACACAACAAAAGGAGAAAGUUCUAUGUAGAUGCCCGAUGCCACCCUCAAACUAUAGCAGUGGUCCAAACAAGAGCAAAUUAUACAGGUGUUAUUACGGAGCUCAAAUUACCCCAUGAGAUGGAUUUCAGUGGAAAGGAUGUCAGUGGAGUGUUAUUUCAGUAUCCAGACACUGAAGGGAAGAUUGAAGACUUCUCUGAACUUGUUGAAAGAGCUCAUCAGAAUGGGACUCUCGCCUGCUGUGCUACUGACCUCCUGGCCCUCUGUAUUCUGAAGCCUCCUGGAGAGUUUGGGGUAGAUGUUGUCCUGGGUAACUCCCAGAGGUUUGGUGUCCCGCUGUGCUAUGGGGGACCCCACGCAGCAUUCUUUGCUGUCAAGGAAAAUCUAGUGAGAAUGAUGCCGGGCAGAAUGGUGGGUGUCACAAGAGAUGCAAGUGGGAAGGAAGUGUACCGGCUUGCUUUACAAACACGAGAACAGCACAUCAGGAGGGAUAAAGCUACCAGCAACAUCUGCACAGCACAGGCUCUCCUGGCCAACAUGUCAGCCAUGUUUGGUAUAUACCAUGGGUCUGAUGGACUAAGGCACAUUGCAAGACGAGUACACAAUGCUGCUCUAAUCUUGGCUGAAGGUCUCAGGCGAGCUGGUCAUAAACUACAUCAUGAUCUGUUCUUUGAUACCUUGACGAUCACGUGUGGAUGCUCAGUCAAAGAGGUUUUGGACAGGGCAGCUCUUAGAAAGAUAAAUUUUCGGAUUUAUAGUGAUGGCAGACUUGGAGUAUCACUUGAUGAAACUGUAAAUGAGAAAGAUCUAGAUGACAUACUAUGGAUUUUUGGUUGCGAGUCUUCUUCUGAGCUAAUUGCUGAAGGUAUGGGUGAGGAAACCAAAGGCAUCCUUAGCACCCCAUUUAAGAGAACUUCCAAAUUCUUGACACACCAGGUUUUCAACAGCUAUCACUCUGAGACAAAUAUUGUGCGGUACAUGAAAAGAUUAGAAAACAAAGAUAUUUCUCUUGUUCACAGCAUGAUUCCCUUGGGGUCCUGCACAAUGAAGCUCAAUAGUUCAGCUGAACUCGCACCUAUUACAUGGAGAGAAUUUGCCAACAUCCACCCUUUUGUUCCUCUGGAUCAAGCUCAAGGGUAUCAGCAGCUUUUCAAGGAUUUAGAGAAGGACCUGUGUGAGAUUACAGGCUAUGACAAAAUCUCCUUCCAGCCAAAUAGUGGAGCCCAGGGAGAGUACACAGGCUUGGCUGCAAUCAAAGCUUAUUUAAACGCCAAAGGAGAACGUCAUCGAACCGUUUGCCUUAUUCCUAAAUCUGCUCAUGGUACUAAUCCAGCAAGUGCACAAAUGGCAGGGAUGAAGAUUCAGCCCAUUGAAGUGGAUAAAAAUGGGAGCAUUGAUAUUUCUCAUUUAAAAGCAAUGGUGGACAAGCACAAGGAGAACUUGGCAGCCAUCAUGAUCACAUACCCUUCCACCAAUGGUGUGUUUGAAGAGGAGAUUGGAGAUGUGUGUGACCUCAUUCACAAACAUGGAGGCCAAGUUUACUUAGAUGGAGCAAAUAUGAAUGCUCAGGUUGGUCUGUGUCGUCCUGGAGAUUAUGGCUCUGAUGUCUCUCACUUGAAUCUUCACAAAACCUUUUGUAUUCCCCAUGGAGGAGGAGGACCCGGAAUGGGACCAAUUGGAGUGAAGAAACAUUUGGCUCCCUACUUGCCUACCCACCCUGUGAUCAAAAUACAGACGGAUAAGGAUGCGUGUCCUUUGGGUACUGUCAGUGCUGCACCUUGGGGUUCCAGUGCUAUACUGCCAAUUUCCUGGGUGUAUAUCAAGACAAUGGGAGCAAAGGGUCUGAAGCAUGCUUCUGAGAUUGCUAUACUAAAUGCAAAUUACAUGGCAAAGAGGCUAGAGAAGCACUACAAAAUCCUUUUCAGAGGAGCAAGAGGUUAUGUAGCCCAUGAAUUCAUUUUGGAUACAAGACCUUUCAAAAAAACAGCAAACAUCGAAGCUGUAGAUCUUGCUAAAAGGCUUCAGGAUUAUGGUUUUCAUGCUCCAACCAUGUCCUGGCCAGUGGCAGGGACACUUAUGAUUGAACCUACAGAGUCUGAAGACAAAGGAGAGCUGGACAGAUUUUGUGAUGCCAUGAUCAGUAUUCGUCAGGAAAUUGCUGAAAUAGAAGAGGGCAGGAUGGACCCCCAAAUUAACCCACUAAAGAUGUCACCACAUACUCUGAGCUGUGUCACUUCUUCCAAGUGGGAUCGUCCCUACUCCAGAGAAGUGGCAGCAUUCCCGCUGCCAUUUGUGAAGCCCGAAAGCAAGUUUUGGCCCACAAUUGCUCGCAUUGAUGACAUAUAUGGAGAUCAGCAUCUGGUUUGUACCUGCCCACCAAUGGAAGCCUAUGAAUCUCCAUUUUCUGAACAGAAGAGAGCAUCUUCCUAAGAUUGCUUCCAGCUGCCUGCAUUUUUGACUCCAUCAUAGAAUGGCCCUUUCCUGAUUUCUUGGGGAUAUUUAUAUUGUGUAUAUUUUGAAUAAUCACCACAUUUGUUUGUUCAUUGAACACUGCUCAGUUAAAAUGUAAAUACAAUCAGUAUGUUAGGUGUAAACAAAAUGUGAUUGUUCCACAGCAGUUGAUGUUGGAAGUUGCCUUGAUUUAUCAUUUUGUCUGUUUCAUGCUAAAGUUUUAACAAUUAACACCCAAUUUGCAAGGUGGCAUGGGAGAUACAGUUAAAAAAGUAGAAAAUAUGCAGAUACAUAAGGCAAUACUAAUAAAUAUCAACUGCAGGAUUGUUUACAUUUUGUAAAAAAAAGAUGAAGUAGAUUUUUAAAUUUACUUCACAUAUUGCCACUAACUAGCAUUGCUAGUGUUAAUAUUUCAUACUGAUUUUUUUACCUAUCAGUGUUAGUAGUCUAAUAAAAUUGGUCAGAAUUUUAA